AUAAUAAUAUGUGGUUGCGAGGACAGGAUGGUGCGAGGGAAGGAGACGAAGGGUAAAGCCACGCCACGGCCCUCUGCCCUCUUCAUGACCCCCACGGAGAUGAAGGACGCAUCAUCUCAACCUUCUCUGCUCACUAAUGGUUCUUCCGCUCAAUUCUCUUCCCUCCUUGCUUCCAACCAUCGUGAUUUUCUGCUCGCUCCCUCUCGCGCUCAGGUGAAAGUUUCUGAUGUUGAAGGAAAAAUACUGGGGCUCUUAUUCGCCGCUAACUGGUAUCCGCCGUGCCGGAGAUUCACCCAAAUGCUGGUCGGCGUUUACGAGGAGCUGAAGAAGAAUGCGUCAGAGUUUGAGAUUAUCUACGUGUCCUCUGACGAAGACACGGACGCCUUUGAUAUCUUUUACGGCCAAAUGCCAUGGCUGGCAAUUCCGUUUUCUGAUUUGGAAACAAAGAAAGCGCUGAAUAGGAAGUACGACGUCGAAGGCGUUCCUUGUUUAGUGAUAUUGCAACCCCACGACGCUAAAGAGGAAGCAACUUUGCGUGAUGGAGUUAAUGUCAUUUAUCGAUUUGGAGCGCAGGCCUAUCCGUUUACUAAGGAAAGGCUAGAGCAGCUUCAUCAGGAAGAGAGGGACAAGCACGAAAACCAGACUUUGACUAAUUUACUGACCGGCCCCGGUAGGGACUGUGUUUUGGGCCACCCAGGAUCCCGGCAGGUACCGGUUGCAUCGUUGGUGGGUAAAACAAUAGGGCUGUACUUCUCAGCGCAGUGGUGCGUGCCGGAGCAGAAGUUCACUCCCAAGCUCAUAGGGAUAUACGAAAAGAUAAAGCAGGUGUUGUCGGAGAAAGGAGAGGAGGACUUUGAGAUCGUGCUGAUAUCCAACGACAGAGACGAGGCGUCUUUCCAGUCGUAUUUCGGAAGCAUGCCGUGGUUGGCGCUGCCAUACGGGGAUGCGGAGAUGAAGAAGCUGGCGAGGCACUUCGAUGUGCAGGGAAUACCAUGCCUGGUGAUAAUAGGUCCUGAUGGCAAGACCAUAACCAGGCACGGCAGGAGCCUCAUCAACUUGUACCACGAGAAUGCAUACCCCUUCACCCGUGCCCGGGUGGAGUCGCUGGAGAAACAGAUGGAGGAAGAGGCCAGGGGGCUUCCCACGUUGGUCGCUCACGAGGGCCAUCGCCACCAUCUCAAUCUCGUAUCCGACGGCAACGGCGGAGGCCCCUUCAUUUGCUGUGUCUGCGAUGAACAGGGCUCCAGCUGGGCCUACCAGUGCCUCCAAUGUGGCUACGAAGUGCAUCCAAAGUGCGUCACGCCUGUGGAUCGCUAGCCUCCUCCUCAGCCCAUUCACCUCAGUUUAACGUCUCUCCUCUAGUGUUUGCUUGAACGGAGUGCCAUCCUUUAGUUUUCUAGCCUCGUCUGAAUGUACGUACUUUCCCACAUAGAUGAAUUUAGGGGGAUCAAACUUGUAAGGCUACGCAUGUGCUAUUCACUAAUUAAUUAGCGAGAGUUUCUGUUCAGUGCAUGCGCGUCAUGUAAACUUCUCGAUCAGUCUGAGCUAUCUACUUUUGCUAUUAAUUAAUGAGUCUGUGAUUGAAUGAAGAAGUUAUAAAAUGAUUUUUAAAUCUAGAA